AUAGGUCAGGGAGAAGAAGGUAGCAUUUUACCCUUAAGCUGUGGUGGAGCUUCUCAGACCUUUCAGUAGGUACUUGCAGCAGAAAGAGUUAAAAAGCCUAAAAGGGUCUCUCCAGAGCAGAAUUUUCAGAUGAAGUUCACCUAAGGGAAGUGCUGGGAUAUAUUCCUGUUUGUGCAUAAAGAAGCACAGAAGACUGGAAAACAGUUCAUGGAGGAGAGCUUAGUCAUGUGUGGGGAUCUUCCCAGGCCCCAUGCCUUUCCUCACAGCAAGACUUGCUAGAAUGCACAGCUUGGUGAGUCCUGUGCAAGUUUUCCCUUUUUUCCUAUCGGGAGACAGAUUGUAGCACGUGGAAAGAAUCAGGAAACGAGUGUCAAAGGGAAGAUCCCAGUUUUGUCUGGUUUUUGGUUGUCAAUACUUCUGUGGGAGCUGUAGUUGAGGUGGGAUGUGUGUAUUUCCCUGCCCCUUCUCCCAUUAAUUAUGUUUUGUGUUCUGUGACUUUGUGUCUCAGAGCCAUGCAGCAACUGUUCUUAACACAGGCACACAAUAUGGAAUGCAGACACAAACGUGCCAGAUUUCACAAAGCCUUGAUGCUGUGUUGGGACUCCUGAAGAAUUGGAGAAGAAGGGCUGUACAUUGGAGGAAAUCAAACGAAAACCAAACAGGAAACCAAAACCCUCAAAGUCUUCCUGAGCUUUGAUAAUGAGGUAAAAGAAUCUGAAUCUGAAGUCAUCCUGCUAAAUCAGCAUAAACCUACAAGGUUCUAGGAGGAAGAACAAGGGGGCUGUUAAUGUAUAUAAGCAGAGCACUGUGGCCCAAGUGGUUAACACACAUUGUAAUGCCUCCAGGUCUAGGUAGUCUGAUGAGUGUUCAUUACGUUAUGUGAGCAAUAGACUCUUGCUCUGGAGACUGUUACUGAUCUUUUUUUCUCAAGACAAUAGCUCUGUCCAUGCUAAUAGUCAGGGAAAGCACAUUGCAGGAUGACAGCUUAAUUUUGCCACCUGCCAUUACCUAUAGUUGUAUGUCCCCAUCCAGGAGCUGGGGCCAUGAUGGAUGUUCCUGGAAGCUGAGCAUAGGAAGAUCAGCCAGCAACAGCUGGACUGUGUAGUGGCUCCUGACCAGAGCUAUGUUUGCCAGUCACUGUUGGGAUCCUGGGGUGCACUCCUUGCAUCAUUUGUGUUUGGGGCAGGCCAGGCAGGUAGCUUGCAAUGAAUGGCCUGCUCUCCCUUUUCUUUCCCAGGCGUUGUAGGAUGGCAGCUCCUGCAUGUUGAGGUAGAGGCAGCUUUCAAGCCUUGAAGCAGUCUGAAGAGGCAUUCCCUAAAAGAGGGAGCCGCCUGUAACUUGCAGCCUUUUUGUCGAGCCUUGUGUGUUAGGCAUGUUCAGAGGUGGGGCGCUCCCUGCCCUCCCAAGCCUGGUCUGCGAGCCUGGCUGGGCUGGUGACACCCGCGAGCAGACGCCGAGUUCAUCUCACCCGUGGCCGUGUGCUGCCAUCUGCUGCCGAAUCCCUUUGUUGCGGGCUUUCCCGCAAUCCCUGGGCUCCGUCUCCAGGGUCUGGCUGGGCGCCAGAGGGAGAGGGAGAGGGUGGCAGAUGGGAUGCAAGCAGACAUCACCUGAGACCUGGCUAGCCCUGGGGGGGUGCUCUCUGAAAAGAAAUCGUAGCUGGUGAUUUGUAGUUUGAUAGUUUAGCAAUGAUGGAGCUGGUGUUUCCAAAUGUAGCCGUGUCCUGCUAUUCUGCUGCCCUCUGUGCUUCAGUGCCCUCCUGCACAAACACGGUAAUGUAGGGCUUGGAACUGAGCCGUGCCAGGGCAGGCACACAUCCCCUCUUGUGUCUGUUAUGGAUGUCUGUUGUCUUUAAGAAAACUAGGAGUUCCAUUCCUUUGGGCCUAACUUUAAAGUGGUGGCUAAGCACUUGUUCAUGAGUCCAUGUUUAUGGUGUUAAGCAAACUGUUCAAAGAUGUGUGAGGUGCUCUGUUGGUAGUGCUACUCAAACCGUCCUUUUGACUAGCUGGCAGGGACAAGGAGCUGGAUUCAAGUGAGAGGGAAGGGGUAGGAGAGCAUUUUCUUUGGAGAAUAUAUGCUAAGUGGGUAUAGGUACAGCUGUAUGUCUGGCCCAGACUUAGGCGCUGCUGUCACCAGUACCUAAAGCUGAAGUCAAUACCAUGGGUGCUUGGAAAUCACUCUUUUUUGGGGUAGAAAAACAGGAAAAGCCCUUAAGUGAUACAUCCCAUACAGAAACAGUGUUACUGUAAGCUGAUAAUGUGUCCUGGUAACCUGGUUUAGCCCCAGAAGUAGUCCUGAUUUGAGCAAGGUUUGAACAAGAUACCUCCAGUCUGAAGUAUUUCCUAGCACAACUUUUGUGCUCAGCUGUGGUGUGGUGGUCCCAUGCUGGGCAGCAGUGUGGUGAGAUGUCUGACCUGGGGAGUUGGUCAGUGAAAAGGAACGCUGAGAUCUGACAGUCAUCCUUCACCUCAGAAAGGGCAGAGGCUCUGCAAAGAGCAGGAUGGUGUGCUGAGCCUGUCCUGUCCAGUCUUAAAAUGCUAAAUAGGCAAAUAACUGUGAUCUAGAGGCAGAGUCUGAGACACACUGAGGAGCACUUUGCCCUCUUUGUCAGUCCCAGCCGGCAGGGAGUCAGCAGCAGGGGCCCUUUGGCCUCUGGGUCAGUGCCAGCUCUGUGCUGGAGGCUGGCACCCUAGAGUGCCAUUUGCCCACCCUUUGCUUCCUUUUGCUGACUUCAGUGUCCUGGCAUGGUAAAAGUGGGUGACACAGGGGCCUGGAGAGUGGGCUCUUAAAAAAAAUUGCCUUUCCCCCUCUGAUGGUGUUGACAUCUGUGUCAUGAGGAGGUUCCUGCAUAUGGUUGAACCCCAAAGCUUGGGGCCUCCCUGCCUGGCAUUAAAACUUUGCCAUCAUGUUUCAUUGAUGAGGUGCCAAGGAGUGUUUGGUUGAGCUGACUGUACUCCCUGGAUUUAGUUCAGCUUUCUAUGGCUGUUUCCAGAUGGCUUUUGCUUUGUCCCAUUCUGACUGGACACCUGGAGGCAGGUGAUGUCCCAUCACCUCGCUGCUGGCCGUCACAAGCUGGGCUGGGAGGCUGCAGGGCCAUUGGCUACAGGGUAAGGGGCAGCAGAGGUCACUUGUAGUCUUCCUGAUAAAUGCAACCUUGAGGAUAGGAGGGGGUGAGGGAGUUCUGCAGGGCCAGGGAGGUUUGUGCUGCUAUUCCAGUACCACCUGCUUGGACAGCCUAACCAGUACAGCUCACCCCAGAACCUCCCUAUGAGAAUAUUUUUUUACUACAUUCCACUUACAUGCAUGCAGAGGAUGUGGAGGGAAACAGUUUAAGUUCCAAUAGGAGUGGCCCUAAUGUUACAGCAUGAGUCUGGGUGACAGCUCCAUACUUGCUUGGUCACUGUGGUUGUUUUCCAUUUUUUAGCUUUUCUUUCCAUUCCCCCUUGAAGAAAGGGAGAUCAUGUGCAUUCACCUCACUGGGCAGAGAGUAGCCAAACAGAAUUCAAGGCUGUGGAGAUCUGUGCGAUCCUUAGAACUGGAAAUGAAGCAUGAAGAAUUGCUUCUGUGGACAGGUGUUAUGUGGCUACAACUUGUCCGUGUGGAUUCCAUAUGCCCACUCUAAGAAGAUAUACUCCACAGCCCCACUUCUGAAAACAGGCCACUGGGGUCUGAGCAAGACUUGGGUCUGGCCCAGAUUUGAAGUCAAGAUAUGGUGCUGUGGCAGGCAACUGCAGUAUCUGGUUCUAAUCUCCAACAAAGUCUUGAGACUUAUGACUCAGAUCCAAAAGAGGAAGGAGACAAAGGUGAAGUGUUCCCAGUAAUGGCAUAAAACAAAGCUCUGAGGGCUGAUUUCCUGGGCUAAGAAACUGAAGAUCUCUUUGGAGCAUUUCUGAGCUCUCAGGAAUUCUCGGGUUAUCACCAGUGCUUCCAGUGUUCAGCACAGCCUUCUUUGAUGGGUAGAGGGUGAAUGAAUGGAUGGAAAAGGCUCAGUAACCUAUUCCUGUCACCCUCUGGAAACAAGUAUCUAAAAGACCCACCUUUUACGUGGCAAAACUAAGGACAGGGUCACACUACGAUUAAAUGGCAUCAGAAAUCACCUAUGCUGAGGUGAAGUUCAAAAAUGAAUCGCCGGCUCCAGUGGUCAAAGGACCCCCUGAGACAAAGAAGCCUGAGCAACAUCCCCAGAAGUACCCACUCUGGCUGCCAUGGUUGAUCUCACUGCUGCUUCUCUUGGUGUGCAUUGCCCUUGUUGUCGUCCUUCUUGUGCUUCCCUUGUGCCACAGCAGUGGCCAGCCCUCAGCCCUGCAGCAGCAGUUCUCGGAGUGGGAGUGCGACUCAGCGGUGCCACAAGGCACAGACCGAGGCUGGACAUGCUGCCCUAAGGGCUGGAGAAGGUUUCAAGGAAGCUGCUACUUCCUGUCCACUGAUAAGUUGAGUUGUGAUAAGAGUGCACAGAACUGCACUGGGAUGGGGUCCCAACUGGUGGUGAUCAACAGCAAGGCAGAGCAGGAAUUUCUCUCUGAGCAAACAAAACAAACUCCAAAAAGAAUGAAUGUCUACAUUGGUCUGUUUGAGAACAAGGUGGGCCAGUGGCAGUGGGUGGACAAGACUCCAUACAAUGUGACAGCAGCGUUCUGGCGAGAAGGAGAACCAAGUCCAGACUAUGAUGAGAACUGCACUGUAAUCUAUGUGCCUGAACCAACUUUCCACAACUGGAAUGACGUCAAAGCAACUAUGCUUCAUCAUCGAAUUUGUGAAGCUGCAGCAGUAUUUGUGUGAUGGAAAUACCCCUGUCCUGAGUAAAGCUGGGAGCAUUGCUGGGAGGGGUCAGGAGCUCUGACACAUCUUCACUGUGUGGGGUGGGACCAUGUGUUUGUCGAAGUGAAAUUAACUUUGUCCAGCAUCCCCAGUGCGUGUGGUGGCUCAGGGAACACAGGGAGGCUCAGGCUCUUUGAAGCAGCUCCUGUGUUCUUGUGUCCUCUUCUCUCGGAGUGAGUCCAGGAGCCUCUGACUGAAAAGAGAUGGACUUUUCCAGGAGGAAGACACUGGAAUGGAAGGCAGAUAUCCAGAGAUUCAAUGUCCUUUGUCUCCUUGAGCAGAGCUGUUUGCUUCUUGUUGAAUGACACACCAAAUGUCCUCUAGCUGUACUGGUUGUGCUGAAAAAAUUCUGAAAACUUAGACCAGAUAAAAUAGAAUAUCACACCAAUCAAGAAAUUCUCUGUACCCUGUUUCUGUAUCUCUUUUUUCCCCCAUAUCUAAGCUGGAAAGCUAAAGACCUAGAAUCACAGAAUGGUUUGGGUUGUAUGGAAACUGUAAGGAUCAAGUUUCCAACCUCUAGGUCUUGAGCAGGGAUCGCUUCCACUGGACCAGGUUGCUCAAAGCCCCAUGCUGCCUGGCCUUGACCGCUUCCAGGGAUGGGCGAUGCACAGCCUCUCUGGGUAACCUGUGCCAGUGCCUCACCACCCUUACAGAAAAGAAUUUCUUCCUGCUUUACACCUGCCCUCUUUCAGUUUAAAAACAUUCCCCUUGGGCUUAUGCACUAAAUGCUCUUGUAAAAAGUUCCACUCCAGCCCUCUUGGAAUCUUCUUGGAAGGCUGCUAAAAGACCAACUUGGAAUCUGUUCUUUCCCAUGCUGAACAAUCCCAAUUCUUUUAGCUGUGCUCCAGCCCUCUGUCUCUAUCCUCAUUGCCUUCAUCUUUGUGGCCCUCCCUUUGGACUUGCUGCCACGGGAGAAACAAUCCACACUGGGCCUUCAGAUCCACCUGGAGGAAAAAGUCCUCUUCCUGACUCAGAGCGGAUCCCAGGCAGCAGGCCUGAGGCAGCAGCAGCAGUCCUGGAAAGCCACAUCCUCAGUGGUGCCUGGAAUGGCAUUGCCUGCCCAGGCCGGACCACGCUGCAGAGGAGGCUGACGAGACAGGGCUCCUGCUGCACAUGCCAUCUCAUCCAGAACAUCAGUGCCUAUUGCAUUGCCUUCAUGUCCUGCUGUAGAGCAUGGGACACCAUGGAUCUUCCUCUGCUCCAUCUCUUCCCACUUCCUGCCUCCUGUGUCCUCGCUUCUCUUUCCUCAGGAAACACCAAGUGCCCAAGCCACCCUGAGGGAACAGUGUCAGCUCCCCACAGGGAAUGCAAUUGGUGUACAGCUCCUGUCUGUGAGCCUCUGUCCUACCUAUGGAAGUGAAUCCUCCCUCUGUGUGCCAGAGAGAGAGAGGAAUUCUUUCUGGAGACAAGGUGCCCAGGAGAUUUGGCUUCAUAAUCCAG